CAUUUCGAUUUUCCGUCGUGCGUGGCACUGCGCCUUAUUUGUCGACCAUGGGUUCAGAACGGCCAGGAUCACACGUGGUAAGAGCCGCAGAGCUUUGAGUACAACUACCACCACUGGCCUCGCGGCACUGAAAUUUUAGCACGAUUCGUUACCAACUACAGUCGCUCUUUUACGAGUUGGUCCAUCAGCUUCGUACCAACUACAGUCGCUCAUUUACGAGUCGGUCCAUCAGCAACAAGAUACCCUCAGCAUUUCUCGCCGUCUUAGUGGAAUGACUCUUGAUCCAAUUACAUUCUCAGCGUGGGUAUACCUAUCGUAACGAUGCAUUAUAUUCGCCUUUACACAGCCGUCUUGGCUGUGUUGACAGCUGUUCACGCCAGCUCAAUCCCUCGACCUAUCAGUUGUUCUAGUCUUCUAGAGGUAACAGUCAGUAGUGGUGUUCAGGUGUUGACAUCUGUGGACGUCGCAGCUGGCGCCUUGAGUGUUCCGUCAUAUAGUGGUGGAACUAUUCUCAACUCGUUUCCUCUUUGUCACCUAUCAGGAUCAAUCAAGUACGGCGCCGACGGUCUUACACUUGCCGCCAAUGGGGCCAAUACUCUCACCUGGGAGCUUUAUCUGCCUGUGACCGCGAAUUACAAUGGAAGAUUCAUGGUUGUCGGCGAUUCUGGGUACGCUGGAUCUAUCGACACAACGACAAUGAUGACGGAGUUCAACCUAGGAUAUGCAGUUGCUGGUAGUGACGGUGGCCAUUCACUCGCAGAAACUGGGAACGCCACUUAUGCCUCAUUCAUGACAGAUGUUGCUCAACUCAAAGCCUGGAUCCAUAACUCUAUCGCCAUAACUACACCAACCGUUCGUGCUCUGGCAACUCUAUAUUAUGCCGCGAGUCCGAAGUACAGCUACUACUACGGAUGUUCAACCGGAGGAGCCCAAGGCUAUGCAGUGGCAUCGUUAUAUCCAGAUCUUUUCGAUGGUAUCUACGCCGGAAGCCCAGGGAACUGGUACAGCCACUUGAUACUCAGUUUCCUCUGGAACGCCCUGCACACCCAAGGGAAUGGCUCCAUGAGUCAAGACGCUUUAAACUUCAUUACUACAAAAGUUUUGGCUGCCUGCGAUGCGCUUGACGGUGUCAAUGAUAACCUCAUCGAAAAUCCUUCGGAGUGCAAAUUCGACAUCACGAGUCUCAAGUGCAAAUCUGGCCAAAGCGCGACGAGCAGUGGUACGACGGUAUGUUUGACCGCAGCCCAAGUUAAAGCAGCUGAAGCUGUGUAUGCCGGUCCCAAAAACACCUUGACUGGAAAGGAGAUCUACCCAGGAUUUGCACUUGGCUCAGAGAAAGCGUGGCUGCUGCAAGAAACGACCUUGUAUAAAGAGUUUUCCGAACUCAUCUUGAAGGAAGUUGUCUUCAAUGACUCCAACUACAACAUCUCAACUUUCAACUUCGGCUCCGAUGUCUCUAAGGCCGAUUCCAUUGCCUCGCCACUGAUUGACUCGAUAAACCCAUCCCUCUCAUCGUUCGAGGCCCGUGGAGGCAAAUUGAUCACAACCCAAGGCUGGGCGGACGCAUACAAUGCACCCACCUGGCCCAUCGAAUUCCUGGAACAGAUCAACGCGGCACGUUUGACGGAUGAGAAUUCGGAAUUCAUUCAGGUGUACAUGGUCCCUGGUGGUGGGCACUGUGGACCAACUUCUGCAUAUCCUCAUGUCCCAGGGACGUACGACGUUCUUGAUUCCCUGGUUCCAUGGGUUGAGAAGGGCAUUGUGCCAACACAGAUGUUGAGCACAGGGGCAAUAGAUGGGACAAACGCCACACGGAAACUUUGUCCUUAUCCGCAGAAUGCCAAAUAUGUGAGAGGUAGCAUAGACGACUGGACUUCUUACACUUGUGCAUAGACAGACAAGUUGGGUGAUCCGACGCCGCCCUUUGUACUUAAUAGUCGGACUUGACGUCGCGCUAAAGGGGCCCUUCCCUUUAGUCGGGGAAAGCGAGUUGUCCCGGGAAAGCGAGUUGUCCCGCACCGAUCCCAAAAUUUUCCAAUUUGUAUGGAACACCCAUAGUAAAAAUCAAUUAUUUUGAUCACCAC